CGCACGUAUGAAAUGUACUCGUGGUUAGAGUCCGCACCCGAAUCUGACAGAGCAUUGCAAUUGACUUUUAAUUGACGCAAAACUUAUUCCCUAUUUUGCACACAAUAUUCAAUUCAAUGAGAAAGUGAUUGACAUUCUGGUGGCAAACCUAUUGUCAAACACUUCUAUUAAUAUACAUUCAAUUGAUUCAAUUACUCAUUAUUUAUUGCAUUCAAAACAUCUGAACGAAUGAACACGUGAUUCAACACUGAAUCCAACGCUUGUAAACAAACCCACGAUUGAAAGCAAUUGACUGUUGAUUUGAUGCCAAAGAGGAAUCACUGAUCCAUAGGAGACAUGAAUAUCAGAUGUGCUAAACCAUGUGAUCUGAUGAAUAUGCAACACUGCAACCUGUUGUGUCUGCCGGAGAACUAUCAGAUGAAGUACUACUUCUAUCACGGCUUGUCGUGGCCUCAGCUCUCAUACGUUGCCGAAGACGAGAGCGGAUCCAUUGUUGGCUACGUGUUGGCCAAGAUGGAGGAGGACUCGGAUGACGACCCUCACGGACAUAUCACGUCACUGGCGGUGAAGCGGUCGCACCGGCGGCUCGGGUUGGCUCAGAAGCUGAUGGACCAGUCGUCGCGCGCUAUGAUUGAGUGCUUCAACGCGAAGUACGUGUCACUACACGUCCGCAAAUCCAAUCGCGCGGCUCUUCACCUGUACGCCAAUACUCUGCGCUUUCAGAUCAACGAAAUAGAGCCGAAAUACUACGCCGAUGGGGAGGACGCCUAUGCCAUGAAACGAGAUUUGGUGGACUUCGCCAAAAUGCAUUCACUCAAACCCGCCGAACCCAACACCUUCUGGGACUCGCAUAAGACGUCCAGUAAUAAGACUAAAGAUAAUAAAGACGAGUAA